GUUCGAAUAAGCGUCGACCGUGCUUCUUGCUUCGGCGAUCGUUCAACGUUCAUGCAUCAUGCAAUGGAGGACCUAGGUUAGGCUAUUCAUGAAACAUUGUGCAACCUUUCCGCAUGUGAUAAACGUGUAUCAUCUGAAUGGAUUCCCUGUACUAGCGGUGGGUAUGGUAGCCUCGAGGCAUGAGGCCUUGAAGCCUUGAGGACUUAGUCCUGACUAGUCGACUUGUUGUACGUGCGACCGCACUCUUAAAGAGAGCAGCUGAUUGAGCAGACAUACCAUCAACUUCAUCAUGACCUUCUUACCCUUGGCUAUCCUAUUUCUGUUACACGUCCCGUUUGUUUGCUCCUCACUGCCGAGCAUCAAUGGCACCAGCCUCAGUACACUCGACGUCAGUGACCCUUUAUCCUACAGUAACACCAGAUCGCUGUGGGACAUUAUCUGGAGUUGCGCUGCGACUCUAUUCGCAUGCACAUGGAGUGCAGUUCACCCAAACAUCCCGGGUAUGGACGAGAGGAAAUUCGCUGUUUACUCUCGUCGUCUAGGUAUCAUGAUGAUGGCGCUAAUCGCCCCAGAACUUAUGGUUACCUGGGCUACUAUACAGUAUAUAGCUGCUCGUGAAACCGUAAAGGACUUCAAUGAUGCCUUUGGUGCACAACUUCACCAGACCCACAGUACAGCUACGUUGCUUAGUGAGAUUCCAACAUCGGAUAGAGCGAACAGCCCGCAUCUGAGCGCUCCGCAUGUUACAAAUCGCGCUUUUAGAGAGUGGACAAUGACGCAUGGGUUUUUCGCGUGGAUGGGUGGAUUCAUGCUCUACUUCAAUGACAAGCCGCGAGCCACUCUUACACCCAACGAGCUUCAGCGCUUUGUUCGUGAGAGCUCUGUGGAAAUGCCCAUCAUCGUGGAGGCAGACAUAGAAGAUCGAAGCAAGGGUGACGCAUUAUCCAAAGGCAUUGUCAUUCUUCAGUUGAUGUGGUUCGUCCUCCAACUUGUCGCCCGUUACGUUCAGAACCUUCCAAUGACACUGCUUGAACUGGACACCCUUGCUGUAGCUGCCCUGACCUGCAUUGCCUAUGGCUUUUGGUGGAAGAAGCCUAAGGAUGUAGGACGUCCUCAUGCUGUUUAUUGGAGAACAACUGCCUCCCCACCGAGCAAAUUAGCCUAUGAAAAAGCACAUAGAGAAUUCUCCGAACAUAAAAGUGAUAUUCUUUCCACUUGCAUUUAUCCCUGGCUGAGUCUUAUUGGCGGUGGCCCAUUCAUCUCUUUCCGUGCUGUCCAUUCACGUCGGGUUCCGUCUGCGGGUGGCUACAAUCAUGACAGUCUCGAACGCCAUAUCAUCAUUAUACUUCUUGUUGGAUGUUUCAGUGGGACAGUGUUUGGAGGUCUGCACUGUCUGUGCUGGAAUGCUUUGUUUCAGGGGCACACAGAGCAAAUAGUAUGGCGUGCGGCUUCCCUUGUGAUAGUAUUCGUGCCAGUAUCUAUUGUCUUGUUGUCUAUUAGCUAUGACCGUUGGCUGGAUCCUGUGAAGGAUCCUUACGGUAUUACCAGAUUCUGUGCUUUAUUACUCAUGGGCGCAUAUAUUGUUGCACGCGUUACACUGAUUGUACUUAUAUUGAUGAGCUUUCGAUCGCUACCUCCUGGCGUAUACGAUACAGUAGCUUGGACCAAGUUUAUUCCACACUUGUAAUUUCCUUUUACUCAUGUCACGAUCAUAACUAUGGACCUCUGAUUAUCAGAGAUGCGAGCACGAUUCGGGAUAAAGCCGGCCGUGUUGUACGGUUGUGAAGGAACAACGAAUAAUAUUGUUCCAAUAUUUGAAUGCGACCACAACACUGUCUAGACAAACUGCAGUGCAUAAAUCAAGGAUGGGAUGUAUG